GUGGGCCGUGACGACAGCGGUGACGAAGAAGUGGGCGGAGCCGGCGGCUUCGAACUGGGAAAGCUUUGAAAGCACACCACCCAGCCUGCAACGUUGGCUUCAAAUGCGAUGGAAGAUAGCAAGAGCGAAAAGGUGGCAGAUAUUAUUCGGCUUAAUGUUGGUGGAUGCAUGUAUGCUGCUAGGCGUAAAUCUUUAUGCCGCUUUAAGGACUCAAUGCUAGCAUCUAUGUUCAGUGGGCGAUUUCCUCUGAAAAUGGAUGACUCAGGAGCUUGCCUUAUUGAUCGAGAUGGCAGUCUCUUUAAAUACCUCUUGGAUUAUCUUCACGGAGAGGUUCAGCUACCAGAAGAUGAGCAGACGCGAAUUGCAUUGCACGAAGAAGCUGAUUACUUCGGCAUUCCUUACCCUUACAAUAUUGCUGACCAUUUGGCCAAUGAAAUGGAGACCUAUUCUUUAAGAUCAAACACAGAACUCAAAAAGGCACUUCUAGAUUUUUGUGAGUCUUACGGCUUGAUAUGCACUAAGCCUACAGUGUGGGUCUUACACUACCUCAGCACUUCCGGUGCAAGUUGUGAGAGUAGAAUAAUGGGUGUGUAUGCCACAAGAGCGGAUGGAGAAGCAGCAAUUGAAAAGAAGCUGGAAGGAAGAAAACACAACAGAAAUAUUUACAAGAGGGAAGCCGGAAAUAAUGUCCAAUAUAUCUGGAGCUAUUAUUCAGGGUCCGAAUUGGAAAAGAUGUUGGAUGCAUUUAAGGCUUGGGAAGGGAGAGGUGUCAGUUAUUGGCGAGUCCCGCAGGAACUGAUAGAAUGUUGGACUCUUGAAGAACGCCCUUUGAAAGGAAGUCUCGAAAGCAUGCCUCCAAUUCAUAGACGACAAUUAAUAGAUCUUUCUGAAGAAGAAGAAGAGGAAGAAAGUCACUUGAGCAGUAGAACAGGCCGAAAGCCAAUUCAGUUUUCUGGUCCAUCAACAAGUACUCACAUCACAAUUAAGAAUUCUGCUUUUGUAAAGGUAGCAGUAGGCCCUACAUCUUCCUGUUCCCAGAAGACUCUUAAGCGACCUAGCGGAGACAGUUCAUUACUGUGCAAAGAUGUACCAAAACCGGCAGCACCCACACCAUUGACUAAAAAUUCUCAGGAAUCUGUUAGGAGCACCGAAAAUGGGGCAGACUGCUGCAGGAUGCUAAAUGCCCCGUUCUCGAAGAAGCCUGCAACCAGUCGUGCGGUAAAACUCAAGCGGACUCCACUCUGUAACGACCGGUUAACUCAACACACUUCCCAGGUGCUAAGUACAGUAGCUGAGCACCAAGUUCCAUCUGUUGCAGUUGACUCCGCUCCCGGUUCCCAAAACUUCGGCCAGGAGGAAUUUGGACACUCCGGGGAAAACGUUACUGCUGAAAAUAAUUUACAGGAAGACCAACUGAACGAUGUAGGAUCUUUUGGGAGUCCAAAUAAAUGUGAUGCAUUUGGUAGGGGGGAACAUUCGCAUUUAUAAUCAGAUUUAGAAUGAUUUUUCUCUUUGUGUGGCGAAAGAGGUAUAUGGAUGCUUGUUCAGAAAUAUUAUGUGCUUUUUUGUCGUUCACUCAUUCUAGA